UGAUCAGGGGCUGCUGCUCUAGGCUCAUCUGCUCAGUGUCUGCAGGACUCUGCUGUCACAUGACCAUCAUCACAGGUCCUUUACCCACAAUCUCUUCUAUCCUGCACUGCUGAGCUCCGCCCACUCCUGUCACAUGAUCCUUCCCACAGGUCCUUUAGCCACAGUCACUUCUAUACUGCUAAACUUUGCCUCCAAAUGUACUGGUCACAUGAUUGUGACAUCAUCACAGGUCCUACACCUCCAGCAUGUAGCAGAUACAGAGCAGGUCCUGGUGGGGCAGUCACUGCUGUUGUGUUGUGUGUGGAGAUCUCUCAGAGCAGCAGCCCCUGAUCAUGUGACUCCUCCUCCUCCAUGUGACUGAUCACAUGACAGUGACAUCAUCGCAGGUCCUGUGAGCACACGGCUCCUCUACAGAUACAGGUUUCUCCAAUCCAGGAUCCUCUGCUGAUAUCUUCUAUGAAAGAGAAUUCUCCUGGAUGACCUAUCAACCAUGGAGAGAGACAGGAACAAGAUGGCCGACAGGAUCAUAAACCUCACCCUACAGAUACUCUUCCGGCUUACUGGAGAGGAUUACACAGUAGAGAAGAAGUCUGCUAGUGGGCGCUGUCAGGCCCCUGUGUGUGAAGGAUGGGGAAGAACCCUGAGCCCAAUCCCGGGGCCCCCACCUCACUCCCUGAUACAUGAGGAAAUGGAUGAAAAGAAGAUCCGAGAACUCAUCAACAAGAUGAUGGAGAUGCUGACUGGAGAGGUUCCUAUAAGGUGUCAGGACGUGGCGGUCUAUUUCUCCAUGGAGGAGUGGGAGUAUGUAGAAGGACACAAGGAUCAGUACAAGGAUCAGGUCAUGAUGGAGGAUCAGCAGCCCCUCAUAUCACCAGUCAGAUCCAGUAAGAGAACAGCACCAGAGAGGUGUCCCCGUCUUCUUGAUGAACAGAAUAUGGAGGGCAUUACUACAGGGAAAGAUCUGAUCUAUAUUAAUACUACAGACAUAAAGAAAGAAGUAGAGACAGAUGUGAGCGGUGAUAAGCAGUAUAAGGAUGACAUUCCUACAGGGAAAGCUCUGACCUAUAUUAAUCCUACAGAUAUAAAAGAAGAAGAGACAGAUGUGAGCGGUGAUAAGCAGUAUAAGGAGGACAUUCCUACAGGGGAAGAUCUCAUCUCGAUUAAUGCUACAGACAUAAGGGAAGAAGAAGAAGAGACAGAUGUGAGCAGUAAUGAGCAGUAUAAGGAGGACAUUCAUACAGAGAAAGAUCUGAUCUAUAUUAAUACGACAGAUAUAAAGGAAGAAGAGACAGAUGUGAGCGGUAAUGAGCAGUUUAAGGAGGACAUUCCUACAGGAAAAGAUCUGAUCUAUAUUAAUGCUCCAGACAUAAUAGUAAAAGUAGAAGAAGAGGCAGAUAGGAGCAGUGAUGAGCAGUAUAAGGAGGACAUUCCUACAGGUAACCGCCCAGAUUCUUGUACCAGGAGAUCAGAGGAGAAUCUUAUAUCUUCAGAUUAUAAAGCAGAUGAUGAUAUCACACAAGAUACAUAUGAAGAACAUUCCAUUAUCCCAGAUACACCCUCAGCCCUUCACAGCCAAGAUCUGUCAUCUCAUCCUUAUAUACAGGUCCUGUCUUCUCAGUCAUCACAGGAUAUUCAGAAAAAUAAAGGUCAUAGAAGGAAUGAUGGACAUCAACGAGCUCAUACAGGAAAGAAACCACAUUCAUGCUCAGAAUGUGGGAAAUGUUUUAUUUCUAAAUCAAGUCUUGUUAGACAUCAGAGAUAUCACACAGGAGAGAAACCAUUUUCAUGUUCAGAAUGUGGGAAAUGUUUUCCUUUUGAAUCAGGUCUUAUUGUACAUCUAAGAACUCACACAGGAGAGAAGCCAUUUUCAUGUUCAGAAUGUAGAAAAUGUUUUACUCAGAAAUCACAUCUUGUUCAACAUCAAAGAACUCACACAGGGGAGAAGCCAUUUUCAUGUACAGAAUGUGAGAAAUGUUUUACUGAUAAAGCAAAUCUUCUUAAACAUCAGAGAUGUCACAAAGUGGAGAAACCAUUUUCAUGUUCAGAAUGUGGGAAAUGUUUUACUGAGAAAGCAAAUCUUCUUAAACAUCAAAGAACUCACACAGGGGAGAAGCCAUUUUCAUGCUCAGCAUGUGGAAAAAGUUUUACUAACAGAUCAACUCUCGCUGAACAUGAAAAAUCUCACACAGAGGAGAAGCCAUUUUCAUGUUCAGAAUGUGGGAAAUGUUUUACUAAAAUAUCAAAUCUUAAAAAACACCAAAGAACUCACACAGAGGAGAAACUAUUUUCAUGUUCAAAAUGUGGGAAAUGUUAUACUUGCAAACCAAACCUUAUCAGUCAUCUAAGAACUCACACAGGAGAGAAACCAUUUUCAUGCUCAGAAUGUGAGAAAUGUUUUACUUGGAAAUCAGCUCUUCUUCAGCAUCAAAGAAUUCACACAGGAGAGAAACCAUUUUCAUGCUCAGAAUGUGGGAAAUGUUUUACUCAGAAAUCAAGUCUUGUUACACAUCAGAGAACUCACACAGGAGAGAAGCCAUUUUCAUGUUCAGAAUGUGGGAAAUGUUUUACUUCUAAAUCAGAUCUUGUUGUGCAUCGGAGAACUCACACAGGGGAGAAGCCAUUUGCAUGUUCACAAUGUGGAAAAUGUUUCACUCAGAAAUCACAUCUUGUUGGACAUCAGAGAAUUCACACAGGAAAGAAACCAUAUUCAUGCUCAGAAUGUGGGAAAUGUUUUACUCAGAAAUCAAGUCUUGUUACACAUCAGAGAACUCACAAAGGAGAGAAGCCAUUUUCAUGCUCAGAAUGUGAGAAAUGUUUUUCUUCUAAAUCAGAUCUUGUUGUGCAUCAGAGAACUCACACAGGGGAGAAGCCAUUUGCAUGUUCACAAUGUGGAAAAUGUUUAACUCAGAAAUCGCAUCUUGUUGGACAUCAAACAACCCACACAGGAGAGAAGCCAUUUUCAUGUUCAGAAUGUGGAAAACAUUUUACUUCUAAAACAUGGCUUGUUCAGCAUAAGAGAACUCACACAGGGGAGAAACUGUGUUCAUGUUCAGAAUGUGGGAAAUGUUUUACUUCUAAAUCACGGCUUGUUGAACAUCAGAGAACUCACACAGGGGAGAAGCCAUUUCCAUGUUCAGAAUGUGGGAAAUGUUUUACUAAGAAAUCAAAUCUUGUUGAACAUCAAACAACUGACACAGGAGGGAAGCCAUUUUUUUGUUUAGAAUGUGUAAAAAAAUUUACUUCUAAAUCCCGGCUUGUUAAACAUAAGAGAGUUCACACAGGGGAGAACCCAUUUUCAUGUUCAGAAUGUGGGAAAUGUUUUACUUCUAAAUCAAAUAUUAUUGAACACCAGAGAACUCACACAGGGGAAAAACCAUAUUCAUGUUUAGAAUGUGGGAAAUGUUUUACUAAGAAAUCAACUCUUGUUGAACAUCAAAGAACUCACACAGGGGAGAAGCUGUUUCCAUGUUCUGAAUGUGGGAAAUGUUUUACUCGGAAAGCACAUCUUGUUGUACACCUACAGAAAUGUCUGUUUUCCAAAAUGCAAAUAGAAUCCAAAUAACACAUCUGUAUGUAUUGUCGUGCGGUAAUAACUCAAUUAUGAAUUAUGGACAUAAAAUAUUAAUUAUGAAAAAUUAAAACAAUUGAAAAUUAUUAAAAAUAUCAAAAUUAUGACCUGGUGAAUUGUAGACAAAGCUAAUCAAUACAAUUCACUAGA